AUGAGCCCCUUCUGAACUUCUUCUUCUUGGUGUUUGUUGCUUUGUAGCAUCAGGUGAACAUCUGGGACCAUGAUUUCACCACGAUGGAUGAUCCUCGUCUGCUUUUCCCUGAUCUCAGUCUUUGGGACAGGAGAGAGUUUGACAACAAUUAAACCAUCCAUAAUCUUUGGGACGGGAAAGAGUUUCACGACAAUUAAACCAUCUAAAACUGUGGCACCAAGUUCUCUGGCUGCAGUAAUUGCUGGGAUGAACAAAGCGAUCGCUGAUCUGAAUGCCAGCAAUAAAAAGCUCUUAGCUUUUAAAAAGGGGAUCUCAUGCUCCUGCAACGCCUCUGUGAUCCAAGCUUGUAACAACCAAACAAAUCUUCUGAACAGAGGACUGAUUUCAUGUGAUUCACAGCUGAAGUCUGAGAUUGCCCAGAGAACCUCACUGCAGCAACAAGUGACUGUCCUCAAUUCACAGCUGAGGUCAGAAAUUGCCCAGAGAAGCUCAGUGGAGCAACAAGUGAAUGCCCUCAGAUCCCAGUUGACGUCUGUGAUUCAACAGAGAGACGCAUUACAGAACAAGAUAAAUGUCUUUGAGAGGUAUCAAAAUGAGGGAUGGACAUAUUUCCGUGGAAGUCUUUAUUACGUCUCUACAUCCACUGCAAACUGGCAGAACAGUAGAGACUACUGUACUUCAAGGGGAGCAGACCUGGUGGUCAUCAAUGAUGCUGAUGAAAACAACUUUACGAGAGGAUUUGGACGGAGGUUCUGGAUUGGGCUGUUCAGGCAGGGGUCCAACUGGAUGUGGGUGGAUGGAAGUUACCUAUCAUCUGGCUAUUGGGCUCCAGGAGAACCUAACAAUCAGGGGAACCGGGAAGAUCGUGUGGAAAUACGGAUCUACAACAACUUCAACAGCUGGAAUGAUGAACCUGGGUCCACUAGUAACUGCUGGAUCUGUGAAAAGAAAGUGGUUUAGUGGAAACAAUGAGAACUUUCUGAUCAUUCAGUAACUAUAGCUUGAUGUUUGCUGAGGUUAAAACCUUGAUGCAGAUCAUCUGCUGUCCUUUCUGCUUCACUUUUCAGACAUAAUGAAAACAUAUUAAUCUGUUGGUAUAAUGGGGUUGAUUAAGGAAUUUAAUCUUUUACUGUUACUGCAUACUUUUCUGUGGCUCAAUAAAGCAUCGCAAAAUGAA